UCGGCCGGUGCUACGCUCCUGCUGCUGAAGCCUGUUGGCAUCGCCGCCGGCGCCACAGAUAUUUAAUCGUUCUGAGGGUCGAAGACGAGGACUGUAGACGCGUUUACCAAGGUUUUAUUGUCAUCAGGCGUCUGUUCUGGUGUGGAGUCCUCUUCUGAAACCCUCUCCUGCAGCCUCCGUCCUCUGUGACAGGAAACUUUCCUUCUUCUUGAGGUUUUGUCCGUCUUCACCUCGGUGCACUCGCCGGACCGCACCCAUGGGGAACCACGGCUCGAACCUGGACGACAUCCUGGCCGAGGACAUGCACCACUGGUACAACAAGUUCAUGCGCGAGUCUCCGUCAGGCCUCAUCACGCUGUUCGAGCUGAAGGCCAUCCUCGGCCUGAAGGGCAUGAACGAGGACGCCAACAGCUACGUGGACCAGGUGUUCUUCACCUUCGACAUGGACGGGGACGGAUACAUUGACUUUGUGGAGUACAUCGCUGCCAUCAGUCUUCUGCUCAAAGGAGAGAUCAACCAGAAACUCAAGUGGUACUUCAAACUGUUCGACCAGGACGGCAACGGGAAGAUCGACAAGGAAGAGCUGGAGACCAUCUUCUCAGCCAUCCAGGACAUCACACGGAACCGGGACAUCGACCCCGAGGAGAUCGUCUCACUCAUAUUUGAGAGGAUCGACGUGAAAGGAGAAGGUGAGAUGACCCUUGAGGAGUUCAUCGAGGGCGCCAAAGGCCACGAAGACAUCAUGGAGAUGCUGAAGAACCUGAUGGACCUGACGCCGGUGUUAAUCAUCAUUGUGGAGGGCCGAGCGCAGAGCCAGAGCUGAACCGGAGCUGAACCGGGACCACAAAGACUGAUUGACCCCCCACCCAAAAACAGAGAAAGAAGAAGAAAUCAACUCUCACCUUCUUCACAAAAGAGAAGAGACUUGGUCCACCCCCUUAAAGUCUUCUGCUGUUCUCUGGUCUGAGCGAGGCAGCAGGAAACAACA